AUGUUACAACAAAUCAAGAAAUUAAUCAACCCAACCACCAUUGGCCAUUCUUUAAAUUCAAUUUCUGAAUCCUCAGAGGAAUUGAUGAGUCCUGCUGCCUUCAAAUUAAAGAAGAAGCAAUUAUCCCUGGACAAGUCCUCUCAACAUCAAAAUCAUGGAGUUCCUUGCUCUCCUGGUACACCAUGCACUCCUUGCGGUUUACCCAACUCUCCUCUCAUCAGUACUCAACAACAUCAUUCCUCUCUUCCCAGCCCCAUCUCUACCAACAACAUGCAUCCCUCUGGAGUUUUGGUUGAAAAACAAAAAACGCCACGAAUGAGAAUGCAAUCAAUUGGUCAACCCAAUGUUGUAGUGUCUGCAGACCAAGAAAAAUCAUCUACAUGUCCUCUGGAUUCUAUUGAGGGAGUUUUAGAACAUUUCAAAGCGCAGGCGGAGCACCAGCAUAACACCCAAUUGGAUCUAACUAAGGAUUCGAUAGACUCCAUUGAAUUCGAGCAUAAAGUUUAUAAUGAUUAUGGGUUGUUACGGCCGGUGCGUCAUCGAGAGGAGUUGCACUUUGUGUUGAACCUGCCUCAUUUGCAUAGAAAGCGGAUGAAUUGA